AAACGAACGGCGCGCGCCCGGCUCGCCAGUCAUCGAGCGGCAGUCUUGGGAGAUGCUAUUGGAGAGAAACAAAAAAAUACUAACGCUAUCGUUCAUCUGACAUGCGCGUAGUUAUUUCUAAAUACUGACUAAAAACAAACGAACCAAUUGGAUUUCAGUGAUCGAACAAAGUGACAGUGCAGUGUUGACAUUAGAUCGGCUGCAAAUUCGCUUAUUCCGCGUAUGAUUUAACCGUUUGGUGCAGUGUUUAUGUUGGGUACGCGCCGCCCGUUUCGUCCGGCGUGCUGGAGGGACGUCGCCCUCGAGGAUUCCUAUUAGAGAUGAGGCGGCGAGGAGUGUUACGCGCGGCAGCGAGGUGAGGCAGCCGGAGCGGCAUGGACCAUGCGGUGAAGGCGAUGUCGGCGCGUGGGCCGCUGUCCCGGCUGGUGGCGCGGCGGCGGUUUGAGUCGGCCGAGCUGGAGGAGCUGUAUGCUCGCUAUGCGUGCAAGCUGCAGCGCACCUCCGUCGGCUCGGCGCUGGCUCUAUGGGCACUGCUCGCCGCCGCACUCGCCGCUGUCGAUGCCACUCGUGGUUGGCGGAGGGCACCACAGGUCGGCGUAUUGACUGCGCACGCACUACUAUGUAGCGGGUUAGCGUGGUGGUGUGGUCGUGCCGGCGUGGCGCCGGAGCGGCGGUUACCACGAGCUUGCUGGCUGGCACUGGCUGGCGGUGGCGUCGCCCUGGCCGCCACUCUGCCAGCAUGGAACACCGGUGCAGCAGCCGAGGGUGCCGCACACGUCGUAUGGGCUGUGUUCGCUGCCUAUGCUCUGCUACCGGUUGGCGCACCAGUCGCCGCGGCUUUUGGCAUCCUCCUACCCACAGCGCAUACGAUCGCGUCAGCACUUGUCGCAAACCGCUUCCCUUAUCAUGUUUGGCAGCAGAUGGUGGGCAACGUGGUGGUGUUCGUGUGUGUGAACGUGGUGGGCGCUCUGAUGCACUCGCUGAUGGAGACGGCGCAGCGGCGCGCCUUCCUCGACACCAGGAACUGCAUCGCUGCCAGGCUCGACAUGGAAGACGAGAAUGAGAAACUGGAACGAUUGCUGUUGUCGGUGCUCCCACAACAUGUGGCCAUGGAAAUGAAAAACGAUAUCAUUUCGCCGGUCGAGGGCCAGUUCCAUAAGAUCUACAUUCAGAAGCAUGAACAAGUCAGUAUCCUGUUCGCCGAUAUAGUGGGCUUUACGGUGCUCGCGUCGCAGUGCAGCGCCCAGGAACUGGUGCGGCUACUCAACGAACUAUUUGGACGAUUCGAUCAACUCGCCAAUGAUAACCACUGUCUCCGAAUCAAGAUCCUCGGCGACUGUUACUACUGCGUGUCCGGAUUGCCUGAACCUCGGUCUGAUCAUGGAAGGUGCACCGUCGAGAUGGGACUCGACAUGAUCGAUGCUAUUGCAUCGGUGGUGGAAGCAACAGACGUCCAACUGAACAUGCGCGUGGGCAUCCAUACUGGACGAGUGCUGUGCGGUGUGCUGGGCCUGCGCAAGUGGCAGUACGAUGUCUGGUCCAAUGACGUCACACUCGCCAACAACAUGGAGGCUGGAGGCGAACCGGGACGAGUGCACAUAACACAGGCGACGCUCGAGUGCCUCGGCGGGGCUUACGAGGUGGAGCCGGGUCACGGCGGCAGUCGCAACGCGUACCUUCGGGACCACUCCGUGCAGACUUACUUCAUCAUUCCGCCGCCAAGACGGAGAAAAAUGUGCCUAUCAGCGGGUGUGGGCCUUGGUUCGGCUUCGCGCCGGAAACUUUCCUUCAAGAACGUGUCCAACGUGGUGGUGCAGCUGCUGCACUCCAUCAAGUUCAACGUGGACGUGCCGUUCUCGAACAUGGCCGCCUCCCCCCAGGAGCUCAAGGCCAAUGCGGCUAGGAAGGUGCUGGACCUGCGGCGCGCGCUGCACGCGGAGCCGGGCUCCGCGGAGGCGCUGCGGCUGGCCGCGCUGCGCCCCGAAGACGUGAGAGACGCCAUGCGCGCCCCCGCGCCCCCCGGCGCCCCCGCCCCCGCCUCCGCCCCGCACCAGCACACGUUCGACGCCGUCAUGCAGCACCACGCCCUCCGCACGCACGCCGUCGACGACACCCCCGCACAUAUAUUCCGCCCCUGGACAUUAGUUCCACAACAAAUACCCGCUGAAACAAAUAAAGUGACGGAGAAGUUUAAGCGUCCGUUGAAAAAGCGCCACUCGUCUGUGUACCAUCAGCCCACGAACCGCGUGAACAAGUACUUGGCGCAGGCCAUCGACGCGCGCUCCGUGCACCGCGAGAAGGCCACACACGUACACCUGCUCACGCUCUGCUUCAAGGAUGCCGACAAGGAAGCUCAGUACCGAGCAUCAACAGACGGCGGUUGGGCGGGAUCCCUGUCCGCUGCGCUAUGUGCCUUAGUAGCGGCUGGAGCCUUGCAAGCAUCCAUACUACCACAAACCUAUAUACUCCUCAUUCUCUUCGUGACGGCCUUCGCCUGGUCUGCAGCAGUACUGGCCCUGACCCUGGCUGCGAGGCUGAGGCUCAUACCCUGCGAUGUGUCCCGCCCAUUCACUCUGAGAAACGCCAUUACGACGUUCACUAUUGUGCUUGGUUAUGCUGUUGGACAAGUUAAUGUGGUAACAUGCGAACACAUAGAACUAUGCAGAAAUCUAACUGGCAACACGACGAGUAUGGCCGAAGUGCUUACAAUGCGAGGCGAUGUUGCCGCUCAGCUAUGGUCGAGUCGGACGGAACAUCUUGCUUGCCCAGUACCACUAUACAUUACAUUGGGUUGUUGCCUCAGUAUGCUGGUGGUAGCUGUCUUCCUAAGGCUCCCGAUCCUGGUGAAAGGGAUCCUAUUGGCUGUGAUGACGGCCGGCUACAUGGGUGUUAUUCUUGGCUUCCAUAAGGCACUGUUCGACUGCUACGAUUUGAUGAUUGAUUCAGGCCUGGUGGGGUCUGCUUAUGUGGCCAGUGCGUGGACGGUGGCGUUGGCUCUGGCGGUGUUACUGCACGCCAGGCAGACUGAGUGGACGGCCAGGUUGGACUUCCUUUGGCAGGCACAGGCUCGGGACGAAAAGAGGGAUAUGGAUGCUUUGCAGGCAUCGAACAGGAGGAUCCUCUUCAACCUGCUCCCAGCGCACGUGGCAACGCAUUUCUUGGACAAUCAGUUUAGAACGAACAUGGACUUGUACCACCAGUCGUACCAGCGCGUGGGGGUGGUGUUCGCGUCCAUCACCAACUACCACGAGUUCUACAUGGAGCUCGACGGGAACAACCAGGGCAUGGAGUGUCUGCGGCUGCUCAACGAGAUUAUUGCUGAUUUUGAUGAGCUCUUGGGUGAAGAUCGUUUCGGUGCAAUAGACAAGAUCAAGACGGUUGGUUCUACGUACAUGGCGGCAGUGGGUUUGAUUCCCGACAGGAAGAUGACGGACGAGCCGAGCACACGCAAGCACAUGGCCACCCUCGUCGAGUUCGUGUUCGCCAUGCGGGACAAACUGAAGGACAUCAACGAUAACUCAUACAACAACUUCAUGCUGCGAGUCGGUAUAAACGUUGGUCCCGUAGUAGCCGGUGUCAUAGGAGCGCGGAAACCGCAGUACGAUAUCUGGGGUAACACCGUUAAUGUAGCAUCUCGCAUGGAUUCCACCGGCCUGCCCAAUCACACGCAAGUCACCGAGGAGGUGUACCAAGUCCUGAAGGACAUGCCGUACCAGUUCGUCUGCAGAGGCAAGGUCAAAGUAAAGGGCAAGGGAGAAAUGACCACCUACUUCCUCACUGACAGAGCGCCAGCCAACGGUACCGUGCAGAGUACGUCGAAUGGUCCCACGAAUAACCCUCCAACUGCAUACGGUGGUGUCGCUACCCCACUUGCCAUGCUACAAAAUUCUGCGAGAAGAGCGGCUGCACAACCAUCAAGAUUACCACCUCUGAGAGAAUCCUCGGUUGCUGGAGAGAAUGAACCGCUUCUGCCGCCUUCUAAUGGGCAUCAGAGUAAUGGCAAUAAUAAAGGCAGCAAGGGUCGCAGGAACAAGGAGAACGGAGACAGUCCCCCACCUCCCCCACCGCACGGCACGGGCCACGUGGCGGGGCACGGCAGCGUGGGCCCGCGCUGGCCGCCGCCGCGCGCGCUGGUGGCGCCGUGGCCGCGGCCGGCGGAGACCCGGCCCGCGCCCCACAAGCGGCGCGGCCCGGCCCGCCUGCCGCGCCCGCGCUCCAGCGAGAGCCUGCCGCUGGCUCGCUCCCCGCGCGUGCACUCCUCCGCCGACGAGCUCAGCUCCCUCACUCGCUCGCCCAGCCUCAGCUCCUCCGACGAGAGCUACUCCCGCACCACCGACGCCUCGCCUUCACCCCCGCGCCCCUCUCAAUGGAUCCCCCCAACCAGACCCCAGCGCGCUAACCCGAGCCCCGCGUACGACUACCCACCCGUGCGCCCUAGCAAGCCCACCGUCAACCACAUCAACGAUAUAUAUGCCAAACAUAAAAUAGCCAGGAAACCGUCUCUCGAAGAUAAGUUCCUCGAUGGAAGUGUCGACUUCCAAAAAGAAGAAGAAAAGUUGCAGAGAAGCAUCAUUAAUAUGAUCCAAGCUUCUGCAAAGCGCGAUGGUUGCUGUCAAACUGACAAGAAAGAUGUGGUCACUCGACUGGGUCAGCGAGCAGAUUCAUUUUCGAGUUCAGGGAGCCGACCGACCAACUUGAAACAUCUGAAUCACGAUGGACGGGAACCUUUUGCGAAGCGAAGUCCAUCAGACGUGGCGUGCGUACCGCCUUUCGAACGGGAGAUCCAACGACUGCUCGAUGAUAAAAAUCUUAUCAAAAUAAACCCGCCCAAGUCAGAACGGAAGGAACUGAAAUUGGAAUUAAGGGGCGCGAAUCCAUCUCUGGAGCCGAUGCGCAACUGCAACAACAACAACAACAGCAGCCCGCUGCACGCGGUGGGCCUGGCCGCCAUCACGCAGGUGGUGCGCAACGAGGCCAGCAGCCCCGCCAGGCCGCAGGAGUUCCCCGGGGUGCUGCCCACCGACGUCGUCGUGGAACUGCCGUCACCCAACCACGAGCGACAUAGACCCAGCCCACCGUGCGAAAGGAAACCUGAUCCCAUUGCUAUUCGGGAAAAGGAGAGAGAAAAAGAAGUUCAGGAGAGACUGCACCACCGAGUGGCCGCUUCUCAUCAUAGAGAAAUGGGUAUAUACGGGGAGAGUCAAUCCGAGUGGAGCUCGUCGUGCUCGGAGGGCGAGGGCGACGGGGAGGGCGGGCAGCCCGAGAGUACUGGGUACACGACGGACGACCCCGCGCUGGAGAACGUGUCCAUGCUGAACGAGGCCGGGCUCACGGACGCGGAGGCGGCACUGAGUGACGUCAACUCAUGCUACUUCGACCGCGACGACGACGUGUCGUCCCGCGCCUCGUCCCGCCUGCUGGACUCGGAGGCGCUGGUGUCGCUGGAGUCGCUGAGCGCCAUCUACGACUCGGACGAGCCGGCGCACCGGUACCUCGCGAACAUUCGCACCGUCAGCGAGUCUAUCACGAGAAAUUUUGGACAGCCCGCGCACGUCACCGACGGCGAGAGUGACGUGUAGUGAUACUGUGAUAUGUCGCGAGUUGUGAUAACGUCCGAUUUUGUUUAAUCGACUGUGUUUCGUGUACAUUUCGACUGUUUCUCUUGUGUACUGCCUUUGGUCAAUUGUGAUAACGAAAAUCUCAAAUUAUUGAACUGUCAUGACAGAGACUUCGACGUAUUUGAUUUGGGACAUUUAACGGAGGAACAGUUUGGCUCUCUAUUGCAAAGAAAUAAAUACUCAAAACGUUUUGUUCCCCGCUGUUUGUUUCCGUAGACGCGUUGCUCCGGCUCGUACAGACGGAGCGUAUAGUUUUCGCGUAUGCGGACAUAAUUGUUUUAUCAUAAUUGCUGACGUGCCUGUACUUUGAUGAUUUUGUACUAUGUAAAUUGUGUCAAUAUGUACCUAUUAAUGUUACACUGUAUGAUAUUCAUGUACAGCUGAAUGUGCCAUGUGAUGGCGUGAUGCAUCAUCUGUAGGAGAAUGCGAUGAUCUCUACAAUUAUAAGGUGCUCUGACUUAGAAUUAUUUAUGGUUUGUCUUGUGAUAACGGUAUAGGAAUUCGAAUUUGAGCGACCAAUCUCUGUUAAUGUCAGUGUUCUAGAGUAAGGGCUGGUCCCUGUCCUGCGGAGACUUGUGAAGUGGUGUCAACUAACUAUACGUAAGUACGUAAGAUUAAUGCAUUUCAACCUAUCUAUAGAGUAAACAUUGUUACCACAGCUGGAUGAUUAUGCUUUGUAGUCUUCAUUUAUCUGCCGUAUGUAUCUCAUAUUGAAUUCAAGUCUACGUAAACCAAUACAUGAAUUAAAACUUCUAUUUUCACAACCAUUGUUAGAAGAAAACUAAAUCCUUUUGGCAUUUUCUUUCCGUAAUCUAGUCACGUAUGAUUUUCUAAAGUUUGGUCGUAACUUCGUUAAAAUAUAGUGCCAUUAUCGGACCCUGUUUCUUGUAUACUUUAUUCACUUGAGUUCGAUAACAAGGAGAGGUAAUAUCACGUAGUUCUUAACAACUUAACUGUCCAAUGAGUCACAUAUGAGUCACGGAGAACUUUUGGAAUAAGUUCAAGAGUCACAGGUGACUCAUUUCUUUAUACAACUUUGGCACAUACUUUUGUUAUGAGCGUGAAGUAAUAUUAUAAUUAUAAUUACGUGAACGUAUCGCAAAAAACCUAACCUACAUGAUAACAAAAUAAAAUUUCGCAAAUUUUUGUAUCUUUGGUAUCAGGUCAAAAAAGAAUAGCCGAUGGUCGUAGGGUAGUGGUAAUUUGUAUUGUAUAGGGACAGUGAAGUUGUUAAGAAAUCAGCCGUGACACUCUAAAGUACAACCAACAUAUAAACACCACUAGCGAAUAUUUGUUGUAGAAUAUUCUCUGUAUUAAUAAAUAUCAAUUAUUUUGUAUUAUUUAAAUGUAAUAUAAGUUUGUGUCAAUUUGAUGUAAUUAUAUUAUUUUAGAAUAAACUCUAAUAGUUAUUUGAAUAUAUAUUUCUCAUCUGAGGUACACAGAAUCUGAUUGUAAGUAUAUAAUAUAUAUGGUGGUACAUUAUGCGUCGCAAUUGCUGCAUUAUAUGAUUUAAAAUGUACUUAAUUUGGAAACCGAUCCACAGAGUUAUGUUCUGAACAUUUUGGAGCAAUUUGAUUUUUUUGUAUAAAUAUUUGAGGUAUGUACUUACAGUUUAUAUUAAAAUUUGUUCCCGGUUAGAUUAGCUCGCGCUUCUAGUAUUAUAAUUAACAUCACAAUUUUGAAAUAUAAUUUUGGGCUGCUUUAACUGGUUGAGAGAUGUUAAUGUCUGAGACUUGUAUAUAGGACGAGCACGGUAUAGUGCGUCAGUGAGAUCUAGAGAUUGUUAAUCUUUGUAAAUAUUGUUAAUCACCUGUCAAGUGCUAUUCUACAUACCUAUACCUAAGUAUACCACGCUGUGAAAAUAUAUUAUUUUUUGAAGGAAUUCUCUUAUUUGCUAUUUUUAUUCUCAGUAUUUGAAUUUAAUGUUUUCUCAUGUUGAUGUAUGUACACAUAGUGCCAAACUAUUUUUAUGUGUAUGCUUAUACAGUAUGAAUUAUUUGUUUGACACUUGUAUAAUGUUGUUUUUUUUAUAUAAAUAAAACGUUACUAUUUCUCGAUAUAAAUGCAGACUAAAUUUGACAAAAUAGAUCUGACUUAUAGUAAUACUUUGUAGGCGAGUAGUUGAAGAAUAUUUUGAAUCUUUUUUGGAUAUACUCAUUGAUGAAUUGCUGCAUUUUUUUAUUAUGUGUAGUAAUUCAAUGUAUCGAACAGUCACAUUAUAAUUGAUAAAAAUUUAGAAUACGAAUACGAAAAUGUCUUAGACUUGCUGAGUUAUUCACAUUAAUGCUGUUUAUAAAGAAAACUGUGUACCUGGCACGAUGACUUUAUGAGCACGAAAUAAAUCCUUUUUGUUUAUAAAGCUUUAAUGUGAAUGCCAGCUUGGAGACCUGCCUGCAUAUUAUUCUCAUAGAAAUUGUCAGUAUCAUUUGAUUAGGGUACUUAAAUUGCGCCUUAUGUAGCAAGUGUAUUGUGUAUUUUAUUUAUUUAAAUUCAAUUACCUAAGCAAUAUUAAUUACUUAUUACAAAUUAAAAGUGGUUUACAUCA